GCUCCAUCAUUAAUCAUCAUUAGAUCUUAGCAUCUUAGAAUAUUCUGUAAUUGAAUGGUCAAGAUUUAAUGAAUGACAAAAGGGUAAAAAUGUAAAUGACCCAAACUCAUCUUUCCCAACCAAUCUUACUCUGUCCCUGAAUCACCAAGAAGGCAAGAACCCAGAAACCACAGGUAUUGAAUUCUCAGGAACCAGAAACCACCACAGCACCACCCUCCAGCCACCGUGACCCUGACCGCAGCAGUACCUGAACCAUGGCCCAAACCCCACCAACCACCAAACCAAGUUCCCAUAUACCCCACCAUAACCUCACUUCCCAACCUCUGUACCAAAGCCAUAUGAAUCAGACACUAGAAAUCCACAUCUCAGCCUCCAACACAACCCACAAGAAACAAGAAACACGGAAGAAGAUCGAGAUGACGGCGGGUUGAAGUGUGGUGAUGGAAAAGAGAAAAGGGGUUGAAGCAAGAUAUGGGUUAGAUCUGGGUUGAAGCAAGACCAUGAGAGUAUGUUUCCUCUCCCACCGUUGCUGCCGCCGCCCUCCGCCUUCAGCGCUGACAGGAUCGCGACCUAGCACAAUUUACAGACAAACAAAGCAAUCUCUCUCUUUCUCUUCUUGCUCUGAAAAAUUAAACAAAAGAAAGGAAAAAUUCAACAUUGCUAUUUUAAUAUUGUAAUCUCAUGGUCUGAAUUUGGUUCACUGGAUGGUAGAUUCGAGGUGAAGAUGUGUGUUCUGAGUCUGCUAAUUCACCAUGUGGUCACAUGAAUAUUCACGAGACGCAUUGGAUAUUAAUUUCAUUACUAGACUCUGUUCAAUUGGCUGGUUUCAUUAUGGACAGUAUGUUGCCACCGGCGAAGAGAUGGGAGACAGGGAUGGAGGGGCAGAGCUGCAGAGGAGAGUGGGAGAAAGAAGAAGAGGACGGACUAAAGUCUGAAAUACCCCUAGUGCAAAGUCAAGAAUACCCCUGAUGCACCGGUGGACCAAAAAAAAAGGUUACCCACCCUAGUGGGCACCCUAUAACAAUCAAUCCUCACCAAAAAUAGCCCUAGAGCUUUAUAUUUUUGGGAAAACAAAAAAUAGAAAAUCCCUCUUUGGGCCACACACACUCUCACACUUCACUUGAGUGAGCAGUGUUAUAUAUUUGUCCUUACUCAGCCGCCAUAUCAUCCUUGUUCACGUAAACCAAACACCACCAAUCAAACACACACAUCGUUUUCCUUUCCCUGCUGCAAGAACCCCAGAAACCCUCAACCUCAAUUCUUCAAUCUUCUUCGAUUGAUUGAUUCUUUUCUCUUCUCUGAGAAUGGAGUCAUCAGAUUCAGAUCAUCAAUUCCCACCGGAAUUGCAAUCCGAAGCGUAUGAGGUUCUGAGUGCAAACGACAACACCGCCGUGGAAACCCUCUUCACCCAACUCCACUCCCCUGAACACCGAUCACGCGCCGUCACAUUCCUCCAAUGCUGUAAACACCGCCACCCCGAUCUCCUCUUCAUCAAGCUCUUCUACAUCCUAACCGCAAGCCCUGACCCCACCACACGCGCCCACGCCGCACGCACGCUCCAAUUCCUCGACCCCACAUAUCUCUGGCCCAAACUCCGCCCUCUGGCCCAACAAAAUCUCAGGGCCCAUUUCCUCCAAUUCAUGGCCCAAGAACCCUCCCUCCUUGUCCUCCGCCCCGCCUCCCUCCUCCUCGCCGAAACCGUAACCGUUUUUCACAACCCCCACCGCCAAUGGCCGGAGAUUCUCGAUUUCCUCCUCUCCUCACUCUCCCUCCCCGACGAUCGCCGCCGCGAGGUCGCGCUGUCCGUCCUCGCCGCGCUCAAAAACGACUGCCGCUCCGUCAUCUCCGACUCCCUCCGUAACCGCCACAACGCGAUCCACGGCCUCUACAAGUCGAUUACAGAUUGCUUGGAAUCGGCGAGCAACGACAUCAAGGUGUUGUCGUUUCGCGCGGUGGUGAAUUUCGUUGAAUUGUUCUCGGAGCCGGAGCUGUUUCACGCGCUCCUCCGAGCGUUGAUGCUCGCCGUGUUCGCGCUUCUCCGGGGAGGAUUUGAGGGGAGCUAUUUCAGAAGCGCGUUUGCGGAACUUGCGAGCAUGGUGUCGCGUGAGCCGAUUCUGCUGAGGCCGUACAUGUGCGACAUGGUGCUCGACGCGCUUCAGAUCGCGGAGAGCGGCGUCGCUAGGGGGACGCGGCGGUUGGUGAUCGGGAUGGUGGUUUCGAUGGCGGAGGUGAGAGAGUGCGAGAUGGUGCUGCCGAGUCUCCUGGAUCAGACGGUGGUGAGAUUGUUCGUCGUUUUGAUGAGGAUGGUGGUGCGCGUUGAGGAGGACGGUGGUGAAUUGGGAGUGGAAGGUGUGAAUGUUGGUGGUGGCGUGGCGGAAUUCGGGAUCAAGGGUUUGGAGAAGGUUUGCGCCGCCGUGGGAGGGAUCAGAACCGUCGCUGUUGUUCGUGAAUUGCUGCCGCCUUAUUUGGAUGCGGCGGAGUGGAAGGAGCGCCAUGCAGGGAUUGAGAUCCUCGGUGUGAUAGCGAAACUGUUCUCUGAUGAAAUGGUAAUGAUGGAAAAUUUUCUAGAGGAAGUGGUCAAUAGAGUUUUGAAGGUAUUGCAAGACCCCCAAGUGCAAGUUCGGUUGGCAGCUUUUAAUUUGAUGCAGAUGCCCACAAAUUUUGCGCAAGCUUUGCAAAUCCUUUAUGCUCAAAGGUUUGGGCAUGCUUUUUCCAUAGCACUUGUCCAUGAAGAGGAAAGUAAUGUGAAGGAAGAAGCUGCAAUAGCAAUGCUAUUCUUUCUGAAGAACACACUUCCAGAAAGCUUAACAUUGUUUAAGAGUGCAGAUACUGCAAUGGCCAAUUUAUUGUCAUUGAUUAAGGGUUCAGAAAAUUAUAAGCUAAGAAGCAUUGCUUUGUCAACUUUUAACACAAUUGCACUGCAGUCUCGUGAAGCACCUCAGAAUUACUUUGGAGAUUACCUUAAAAUCUUAGUGGAUGCAUGCACUGACAAAAAUGCUGAAAUCAAAGAGGAGGGAGCAAGGGGAAUUAGAAUUUAUGCUGAGCUUGGAACACCGAAAUUGAAGCCUUACAUCCAUAGGUUAAUAUCAGAACUCAUCAUGCUAAUAAAAGAUCCAAAUCGACCAGUUUCAGAGAAUUCGAAAGCGCAAGAUAUUGCAGUUUCAGCUAUUGGAAGAAUUUGUGAAUUCCAUCGAGAAUGCAUUGAUGGAUCCCAGCUUGUUCCUGCUUGGCUAAGUUUCUUGCCUCUUAAAAAUGAUUUGAUUGAAGCCAAAUUGAUGCAUGAACAGCUCAGUUUGAUGGUUUCAAGAUUUGAUAAGGAUCUUUUCGGACCUGCUAACCAGAACCUCGAAAAGAUUAUUACGGUAUUUAUUCAGGUCAUUGAGGAGGGUGGCAACUUAGCUACACCUAAAACAAUCAACCAGAUGAAUGAUUUGCUAACAGAGCUUGCACGGCACAUUCCUCAAAGUGCCUUGGAUUCAAUUUUAGUGUCUUUGAGUGCUCAACAACGGGAUUUAUUAUUGCCUUUGCUGUUACCUUAGUGUUUUCUUUUUUUAGUUUUUAAAAAAGAAAUUUGUAUAAUAUAUUAUUUUAUACUAAUAAUCCUUCCAUAUCAAUUUCACUCACACCCCAAAAAAAUAGGAACAAAAGUAAGAGAAAUUAGAAGCGAUGUUAUAAAAAAGAG